AGAAGAGCCCACGUACGUCUUUCUAUUGUCCGCCAGUAGCUGCAGUAUAUAAAUUGGGUAUCGGCUGGAGAAUGGGUCAUUGACAAAAUGACAGAGCUAUGGAUGCAGAGUAUGAGGAGGACCCUGACCACGCUAUCAAGUGGAGUGGGGUCCCUCACAACGUCAGUGGGUUCUGUGGUACAAGGAGUAGGGACCCUCUCUGCUGCUGUAUCUACAACCAUGUUAAACCUGGCAACUGAGGAUCAUGACUUGGCGGAGUUCGAGGAACCUGACUUCGCUUCUGAUCUCAAAGGAAGAUUAGACAAAGAGUUGUCGUCGAAUAAACGAGCAAAAAGGAAGCACAGGGACAAGGAAGUUAGUGUGGACAGUGGGGUAGCAACAGAUCCGCUGCAGGAUGGACAAGUUGGUUCAGACCAGGACGACUCCAACAGAUCUAAUCUCCGUAAAGGAGUGUCUAGCAACUCAAGCUCUCUCUCCUUAAGCAGUGUGGAGGAGGAGUUCAUGCAGGGACUCAACUUUACAAAUCAUCACGCAGAACUAGGUAGCAGUGAUGUAACAGCAGUAGUUGCUCGUGAAGACGAGUUUUUGAAUGGACUUAGUUUUCAGGAUCUUAAUGUCGUGCACGUUGAUCUGGAUCAAGGCGGUAAAGACGAGAUAACAGAAAUAACGGACAAUGAAGACAUCCUAACUUCAUCUGACCACCAAGUGUCUGAUGACGAUGACGUCAUGAUGACAUCAUCAGAUGAUGACGAUGAGGAAUUUUCUUUGGGAACUGUUGAUAUUACAGCUACUGAGGUAUUCCUAGCAAGAAAACGUAACGAGAGUGCUGAAUCACGCACCCUAGCUCCAUCUCUAAGCAACAGCGGAAACCUCUCCGAUCUACGACGGUCCACCAACGACCUAUCCCUCACUCCUCGACCCAUCUCAAACACACAGCGUUCCAAAUCAACCCUGACUCUCAGCCCUCUCAACACAUCAGAAGAGUCAACUUACAGAAAACACAGCUCUUUUGACACUGUAAAGUCCAGGAGUGAGGCUGUCCUUAACACGAUUUUAGAAAGAGAGGAUCAAGGGAUGGACCAGAGGAGUAUUCGUUAUAAUAACUUUGUGGAGAUGAGCCACCAUGACCCCACUACUAUUGAAUCCUUUGAUAGCUCCUCUGGAGAGGAUCUAGAUGGGUCGGAUUAUCAAGGGUCUGAGUCAGAUUAUGAUGCAGAUGAGGAUCUUAUUGAGAAAAAGGACCCGUUCAGAGAAUCAUUUAUUGGUGGGUCUAUGGGUCUAUUUGCUCCCAAACGCGAAGAAAAUCAAUUCUCUCCGACAAGUUGUGUGAAGAGGAAAACUCUCCAGAAUUUUAAUGUUGGUCCAGGUCCCAGCACUGACGUAGAAGCUACAGAGAACUCUGUGAUAGAAACAAUCAGCGAGAUCUCGAACAAGUCCCAAAAAUCAUGUAACAUAGCCAGAAAAUCUCAAGUUAAGCUGAAACCUCUGCCCAUGAUCAACGCGCAAAUAAAAUCAAAUAACUGUGCUGCUGUAGACCAUCGUUUAUCCAAAAAUCUUGGGGGUAAUCUUUCAAAGUUACCACAGCAAAAGUACACCGACUCACCACCUCACACCUUUGAGUCGCCGCCCAGUGCUAAGCGAAAAAACCACCUCAAGCCGCCCUCACAAACCGGCUCAGUACAAAAAGAAGUUAAAUUCAAAGACAGCCCCAGAUCUUUAACCCAACGAUCCAACAGUUGUACCAACCUGAACAGCAGAACAGAAGAAGUAAUGACUCGAUCGGGAACCCUAGACGGAUUCAAUUCAUUGGACAAAACAAGAAGUUACGCAGACAUAACCUACACCCCGGGAAACUUCACCACAGAGUCCUCGCCCACUGCUGACCUAGCUGAGAAAUCAGUCACUGCUCAGAACUCCUCUCUGAUGGUGUCUCACGUUGUAGAGACAUCCGAGUUCGGUUCGGUGGGAUCAGGAGAGGAGAGUUACAGGGGUAGAAGUGGAACUGAGACCUCAUCUUCUAGUACUUUCUACUCCUUUUCUACGGAGGAACCAGAACCACCCCAAGUGAUCCUCAACGGUAAAACAAGUAAAUCCUUCAUGACGAGCAUGAGAAACAGCUUUAAAAAGUUAGCCUCGUUUCUGUCUCUCUCAAAAAACAAGGAGGCAGUGAUAAAGCAUCCUGUUCCACCUCCACAACAUACCAAACCUGAUCAGGGCACUGUUGUCGGUAAAUAUCGCCAGUGUGUCAAACCUUCUUCUCCUUCUUUAGCAAGAGAGUACAGUUCGAGGUCCAAAUCUUACGUGAACCUUCAAAAUAAUAAAUCUGUAAAAACAGAUUCGUCUUCCGGAGAUAAGUACAAAAAAGCUGACGAUGAGAUUUUUAACGGGGCCGAUGUUGAUGAAACACCCAAACCUAAAACAUCAUAUACCAGCGGAACAGCCAACAAAACCCCACCUCCCUCCCUUAUGUCGCACAUUAACACUCACUACUCUAAACCAAAUCCCUCCAGAUUCUCAUCAGAUUUCGGGAAUUUGUCCCGGAGCAGAGCCCCCCGACAGUCCACCCCCUCACUUUGUCAAUCCUCGCCAGGAACUCUUUUACCAUCACCACCCUCUCAGAGGAAACCCAUGUGGAGGGAGACAAAGGCUUCCAAGUUAAGAUUGAACCGGGUUAAAGUGCCGUCCAUGACUUCUUUAAACUUUUAAAUGUUUGAGAGUGACCCCAAAAUCGUGACAUAACGAGUUUAGUGUUUUUUAAACACUUGCUCGAUUUCUGCCAUCUUUAUAAAAGUAA